AUGGCUUGCCCUGCAAACAAUGCCGCAUCGGCAAUCGCAAUUGCCACUACGACGAGUCUCAGCCCAAACAGCCCUCCAAAAGAAGAGGUAGCGUCGGUAGCAGCUCCUACCCCGGCAACAAACACGAGCGCCAGCGCGACGCGGACAGGCGCCGCUCUCUGCAAAGUGAUGUUGCUGCUCCUCCUCCUCCCCCUCCUCCUCAAGCGGCUCUAGAUCACACUUUGCAAGAUCCAAGCACAUUUAGAGGACUCAGCAUCCCUCCUUUUGUCCAGCCGACCUUGGCACAAUAUCCAAUGAGUCAAAAUGCAGCUUCAUCUGUCGGCUCCUUUCACGAUCCACGUCCCGCUGGCGGCAUUCCUUCGAAUCCGUUCAACUCCUCCGGCUUCGUCACAAACACUUACGAUCCUGCGGCGGGGAUGCGGUACAGUGGCUUUGCAGAUCUUUCGCAUCAACCCUCUACUGCCUCUUCUAUUGCAGAGUGGCAGCAAAACGUGCCAUGGCCAUCUGCUCCGACUUACCCGCCUCUUCCGAGUCUCCAUGGUCAGGAAGAUGCCUCUCCUGCGCUGAAUCCAAGGAUCAACUGGCCCCGCUAA